GUAAAGUGAAGUUUAAACUAAAUGUUCCUCGAAAAUAUAAUUGAAAGUAUUUUAUUUCGAACGAGAUCCAGCGUAAUUUGAUCAUCAUACCGACUACAAUAACAUUUAGAAUAACUUCUUACUACGAUAUUUAAUGAGAAGGAGUUUGUAGAGGUUCGAACAGUAACAAUUCUGCAAAUCAGUGCCAUAAAAAAGUCCAUCCAUUGAAUCGACGAUGUGGUUGGGUAUUUUGUGUCUCGUGGUUGCGUUAAUUUUUGUGUUAUCAUACGACUACUACAGAAGACCACACAAAUUUCCUCCAGGCCCAAGGGGAUUUCCUAUCAUUGGAAAUGUACUCGAUGUGGCUAAAUUAGUAAAGGAGACCAACUUGUUUAUCGAUAUUUGGAGCCGUUUAGCGGAGAAGUAUGGACCGAUUGUUGGUCUUCGAUUAGGCUUCGACCAACCAGUGGUCGUUGUUUCUGGUAAAGCUGCUAUUACGGAGAUGUUAAAUCGACCGGAAUUCGAUGGCAGACCGCAGGGAUUCAUCUUUAGGUUUAGAUGCGGUGGUUCUAUGCGGGGAUUGUUGUUAACGGACACCGAUGUUUGGCAUAGUCAGAGAAGAUUUGCAUUGAAAACUCUCAGACAGUUCGGUUUCGGAAAGCUCACGAUGGACGACAUACUUCAGCGAGACGCGAUCGCAUUGACGAAUAUAAUUAUCGAAUCAACGAAGAACGAGCCAUUGACCAAUAUGUAUUCUGUAAUCAGCGCAGCCGUUUUCAGCAAUUUAUGGUUCAUCUUAGAUGGAACGAAAUUCGACGUGGGCACGGAAACUGCCGAAUUUAAAGAAGCGAUACACGUAUUUAAAAACGUUCUUAAAUCCGUGAACGUUUCGGGUGGCGUUUUGAAUCCUUUCCCUUUUCUGAGAUUCCUGUUCCCAGGACUUACAGGAUUUUCGGCGAUGAAGGAGCGACACAAACACCUGGACGACUUUUUUAUGGAUGUGAUAUCGAAACAUAAAAGUAAUAACGUUGGCGGAGAAUCUACAAAUUUUAUUGAUUCUUACUUGGAAGAGGUGGAAGCGCAGAAAGCAAAGUCAUCCUCAUCGUCUUUUAGUGAACAACAACUAGUUUAUGUUUUGAAGGAUUUGUUUGUGGCUGGGGUAGAUACAACAGACAAUAGCCUUGGCUUUGUAAUAGCAUUCCUAGUGGUUCAUCAAGAUGUCCAAAACAAAGUGCACAAUGAAAUUGAUGAAGUCAUAGGGAAGGAUAUUUGUCCCUCUCUUAACGAUAGAAAUCGAUUGCCAUAUUUAAACGCAGUUUUAACAGAAGUACUGAGACUAGCAAACAUUACUGGUACUACUCUUCCGCAUCGAGCGCUAGCAGAUACUAAUUUACUAGGUUACGGAAUUAAGAAGAAUUAUUCAUUAUUAGCGAAUCUUAAAAGCGUACACAUGGAUAAAGAACACUGGGGAGAUCCUGAAGUGUUUCGUCCUGAACGGUUCAUUGACGAUAAUGGACAAUUCGUCGACGACUCGUGGGUUAUACCUUUCGGAUUAGGCCGAAGAAAAUGUUUGGGCGAAACCGUAGCGAAAAAUACAAUGUUUCUCUUUGCGGCAUGUUUAUUCCAAAAGCUACACUUUAUGUUGCCAGAGAAAGAUCCUGAGCCGAGUCUUCUAGGAGUCGAUGGCUUCAUCACUUCACCGCCAGCGAUGAAUAUUAUAGUUGUUCAGAGACAUUGAUCUAAUGAUUGAAAAAGAGAUUUAAAUGAUUUUGGAGUCUUUUGUGUUACAGAAAAGUGUUAGAACCGUUUGUUGAGUUAUAUCGCUGCCAUAAAUUUGUUAGUUUUAAGUCAGAGCGUGUAUAUAUUAAUGAACGAUUUUUCUUUCUUUACUUUAGUCAAGUGCAACAUCUACGUUCGUGACUAAAAUACUACGAAUACAACAUUAUGAAUUUAUUAUUAUUGCAGAUAAAAUCUUCUACCUAUUUA